UGAGAUCUGAAAAAUGCUGUUUAUAGUCUGCAUGUAAAAAAAAAAAACGAAAGAAGCUUCUUGGGGUUUUCUUUUUCUCUUCUUUUUUUUAGUUUAGUUAGGUUUAGAAGCACAUUAAAGAAAGAGAUAAAGAAUUUUUGCAAGGAUGAGAAGUGAUAUGGGAACUGAAAUUGGUUACCUUUAUAACUUUAAUGUGUGGAGUUCUGCUUCUCAAUGUUGCAUAGAUUAUUGAUGUUUGGGAAACUGGGCUAUAUUAUCUUGGUUUUAUAGACUCACUGGUUGAUUUGUUUUCUCUGUCAGUGCACGAUUAAGUUAGCUUUUUAUUUUUUUCAUAUUUCAUGUGCUGUAAUGUGCCUCGCAUAGGGGAAGAAACUUGGAUAUGACCUGUUUUAUAUUUCCGGGGAUUGGAAUGCAAUUUUAGUUCUUAUGGCUGUUUUGAUCUUUGUUCUUAUAGUGUGACUUGCAUCCUUCAAUUCUAUACAAGUCCAAAUUAGUGCAUCAUGAGUUAAAGAAUGCAAUUGUAGAAGGUCAGGAUUUAAUUACCUUUCCUGCAUCUGGUAAUUCUAUGCCUGGAACUGAGAAUGGUUAACUUCGAGAUGUGGAUGAUGGAAACCAUCAAGUGGAUUCUCAACCUAAUAAUGUUGAGGCUGAAGAUGGUGAAGUAAAAGCUGAGAUACUGGAGGUGAAUGAAAGGGAUAUUAGAAACCCUCAGAACCAUUUAGCUAUAGAAGCAAAGGUAGACAAUACUCUUGCUGGCAAUUCAUCUGAUAUGGAAAUGAGUGAUGAAGAAAUUGAAACUCUUAGAGUUGAAAAGAAAUUGGAUGACGUUAGCCCUGGAGCUCAUUCUAUAUCUUUUACAGUUGAGGGAAAAAUGGAUGUCUCAUCAGUUACUACCAAAAAGCGGUGUCUUGAUAUCCAAAAUGGAAGUCCCAUCCAGAACCACACAAUGGAUGGUAAUUCUAUAUCCGGUGUUAAGAGACCCCGGAUGACAUUUGAUGAUCAACAACCUUCUGUUCGUAUUGUCCAUACUUUCUUAACAAGAGUUAGUAAAUUGAAGCCUGAGGAUCUUUUAUAGAAGUGGUCAAAGUGGCAAGCUGAACAUGGUUCAUCAUUGCAAAUGGAUCUAUGUAUGCAUAUGUGGGUGCAUAAGCACAAAUGUAUUCAGGUGAAGAGACGUACUUUCCUGCUCUGUGUGUUGGUGCAGAGAAGCCCUCUUCUGUGGAAUCCACUUGAUGCGGAGUUCAUCCCAUUGGAUAGUAACAUUGUGCCACUUUACGAUCGUGGGUUUGCAAUGGGUUUGACUUCAGCAGAUGCUUCAAGUAAUUUGGAAGGAGGCCCAGAGAUAAAAGAGGCUUCCCGUUGUUUCAACUGUGGUUCUUAUAGUCAUUCCUUGAAGCAAUGUCCAAAGCCUCGUGACAGUGUUGCUUUCAACAAUGCUCGAAAGCAACACCAAAAGUUAAAGCAUAUUCAGAAUGUUGCUUCUCGCUAUGCAGUUCGCUAUUAUCAGAGCACUCAAGGUGGAAAGUAUGAUGAUAUAAAGCCUGGAGUGCUUGGUGCUGAAACACGAGAACUAUUAGGCCUUGGGGAGUUUGAUCCACCACAAUUGGAAGAAAUUGCAAUCUGCUGUCUCUGAAGGGCCACGCCAUUUGCCCCAAGCCCUCAACUAUUUGGCAUCUUGUGUGGAAAAUAGUUUUUGGACACAUACACGAUGUGUCAUAUUAGUUCACAUAUAACAGAGAGCCAAAAAACUAUUAUCAGUUAGUUGCUGCAAGUAAUUGGAGCAAUAAUAUCCGAGGGGCCCCACAUCUUCAUCAAGAAAGUAGAAUAUGGAAGCAAAGUGUUUGGUUGAAGGAAAUUAGGAAAUGCAUGAACGCAAAAAAUCUUAUUGAAUUCCUGGCUACAUAAAAAUGGCUUCCCCUUUUAACUCUUACGUUCUAUCUUCUGAUCUCAAACCACCGUGUCUAAGAUUGAACCAUUGUAUGCCUGUUUAAAUUGUGUUAGCAGCUUAAACAUUAUCCAAAUAAUACUUGUAAAUUAUAGUUCUCUUAUGAUCAUAAAAUUGAGCAUCUCUAAAAUUUUCAGUCACUGAAUGUGAGGAUGGACCAUCUGGAAUUACAAUAUAUGCUGAUGCAGAAACUGAUGGAUAGAAGAUGGGAAAUUGCCAAAAUGGUGCAGCAUGAACGAAGGAUGAAAAUGACCGUUGAAU